UGUGGAGAGUCAACUGUUCAAUGGUAUGACUGCAGCUUGACAUGCUAUUUGUAGGUCAGGACACCAGCAUUGGAAAUAUGGGAUAUGGCAUUAGCAGAUUGGAUUCUGCCUCCAGACUUCUUGAUGGUUCGAGUUCCAGUGAUGAGAUUCGUGCUAGUCCUCGGAUCAAUAGGCAGUUGCAUUCUGUAGACCAUGAUAUUGCUCAGCUAACAAGGCUCCAAUCUCCGCAGGAGAAUUUUAGGCUAACUCAUCCAGGGAAGCGUGAGUAUCCCGUCUCAGUAGUGACGAUGCUGGCUGGUCGAGAAGCAAAUCUUUUCAAAAGAGGGAGGUUCUCGCCAGGAGACUGCCGUCAUGUUUUGAGUAAAUAUUUGCCUGUUAAUGGUCCGUGGGUUGUGGACCAGAUGUCAACCAGGGCUUAUGUGUCGCAGUUUUCGGUGGAUGGCUCGCUUUUUAUGGCUGCUUUUCAGGGAAGCCAAAUUAGAAUAUAUGAUGUCGAGGGAGGAUGGAACGUUCGAAAUAACAUUCUUGCGAGAAGCUUCACAUGGACAAUUACUGAUGCAGCCUUAUCGCCCGAUAAAAGACAUCUUGUUUAUGGUAGCAUGUCGCCUAUAGCACACAUCGUUAACGUUGGAUCUGCUGCGAAAGACUCCCUUUCAAACUUCACUGAACAUGAAAGUUUGGAUUUCACUUCUCCUGAAGAUGGUGGCUUUGCCUUUGGAAUGUUCUCGCUGAAAUUCUCGACCGAUGGACGUGAAAUUGUUGCUGGAAGCAAUGAUGAUGAUAUAUAUGUUUAUGACCUCGAAGCGAAGAAAGUCUCUCUUCGCACCACAGGCCACGGGUCCGAUGUCAACACCGUCUGCUUUGCUGAUGAAAGUGGCCAUCUUAUCUAUUCAGGAAGCGAUGACAGAGCCAUUAAGGUUUGGGAUAGGCGCUGCUUGAGACCGAACGGAAAGGCUGCAGGGAUCCUAAAGGGGCACCUUGAAGGGAUUACAUUUAUUGAUAGCCGCGGAGACGGCCGGUAUCUUAUAUCCAACGGGAAAGAUCAAGCCAUCAAGCUGUGGGAUAUCCGGAAAAUGACAUCAAAACAUCCCUACUAUCCGCUACACAAGAAUCCGGAGUGGGACUACAGAUGGAUGGAGUACCCUUCACAAGCGAGAGAGUUGAAGCACCCUUAUGAUCAGUCGGUAGCAACGUAUAAAGGCCAUUCAGUCUUGCGCACUCUAAUCCGCUGUUACUUCUCACCCGAAUACAGCACUGGACAGAAGUACAUCUACACCGGAUCUCACGAUUCUUGCAUCUAUAUAUAUGAUCUGGUUACGGGCGCCCAAGUGGCAAAGCUGAAGCAUCACAAGUCGACAGUGAGGGACUGUAGCUGGCACCCGAGCUACCCAAUGCUGGUCAGCUCGUCUUGGGACGGGGAUGUCGUGAAGUGGGAGGCUCGUGGAGGCGGGGAGGCGCCCGCACCUGCAAACAAGGAGAUAUUGAGGAGGAGACAUUUCUACUAAGGUUAUGGCACUGUAAGUGUAAGUUCACUUGCCCCAUAAUAAAGUAAAAACCACAUCUUGUUAUUCAACUUGUAAUAAAAGGAACUUUUAUUCUUAGUAUCAUAUUUUGUGUUCAUCUUAUUUUUCCUAUUAACUGCCCCUAUACCGAUGUUAAAUAUAAUGAGUAUAUUUGUGUUGUAA